GUGUAUAUACUAAAUUUUGUAAUGCAAAUUUGCCCCCAAAGAAAACUUCACCUGGUAUUCACAGUGGCUGACUGGUGAUUUAUAAUCACAACAAUCACUUUUAUGAUACUGAACAGAUUGUGUUUUAGACAAUUGCGUCUUUCAUUUAUGUAUUAUAUUUUCUGGUAUAUGACUUCAAGUGCUAUUUUUCUGACAUUCCAGGUGAGCAAAGCAGCCCGUGCCAGACAUAAAAGGGUGUCUGAGACAAGCAGCAGAGUGAAAAAAUGAACACGGCUGAAAACUUGCUCCUCUUUGGCACCGCCCUGCCAGAAGUGAAAGUGAAAAUCCAGUUGCCUUUUAAAGAAGGGAAAACUGGCAGUGUUCCUUUUCUGCUCGGGAACCUCGACAGCUUCUGCGUCUGGCGUGCUGAGCUCUGAGAGGGCUGCAAAUACUUCAGCAACAGGAAAGUCUUCUACGGGAUGUGGAGUCUUCUGCUGCUGGGCGCACCUCCAGGGCGCACUUAACACUUCAUUGGGAAUACGUCACUGUUGAGAGGUGUGGCUGUAAGGAGAGCCUCGUGAGCCUGCCCAGGAGUUGUAGAGGACCCCAGCAGAGCCAAGCAGCCAGGACAGCCUGAUGGAUUCUCUUCCCUGCAUCGGUUUAUGUCUCCUGCUUGGGACCAUUUCAUCUCCCUUUCUAACUACUGCCUUGCUGACUGGUGACCCGGCUAAGAAGACUCCCCGUUCUUCUGUUGGCAGCACCAAAGUGACAGUCUACAACUGCAGGCGCUGUGGUCUCACUGUAUGCGAGUUAUCCAAUUUCAGUUGCUGUACUAUAAUCGGUGAAACACAAGACAAGACAUUUUCAAAUGAAGUCAUUCAACUGGUGACCAGUGAAGCACGUAUCACUAUGUGCUUUCAGCAAGCAGAUGCUUUUCCAGAAGGAAUUUAUGCCAUUAUCUGGGCCAAAGACGAGGGAAUAGGAGAGUCAUGUGGCAUGCUGAAAGCUGAAGCUUCUCCAGAGAACAGGCCAGAUGCUGUCGUUAUGGAGUGGAAGACUUGUUGUACCACAGAGAUUGAGCUCGCAGUGUCCAGCAGUCCCUUGAAUUGCUCAUCACUCCCCAUAUUUGCAGAUGAAAAUAGCAUCUAUUCUGCCUCGCCUUCCAUCAGCAGACAAGGCACCUCUGGCAUCACUGCCACGUUCACGGUUCUUGUGGUCUGUGCUGUAGCAGUAGCGGCAUUUUUUGUUCUGAAAAAACAAAAAUGUAAAGGUACAGUCUGCUGUAAAGGUGGAGCAGCAGCUCCUGAAAUGGAAAACAGCAACACUGUUUAAAAGCCAUCUGUAAACAAGAGGGGAAAAAAACCUUUAUACCAGGAGCAUGGUCUUCAUUGAUGAAUUGCAGCCCUCUGCUAAAGAUGCAGACAUUCAUUGUAUUCAAAAUCUCAUUGUAAUUUUUGCAAAUAUACUUCUAGUGCUUCCAUGCAUUCAGUGAGGACUGUGAUUGUUGCAGUUGAUUUCAGGCCCUCGUGAUCAAUGUGAGACUUCAUGGAAGACUGCACUCACCGUGAGCUGUGCAGCAGGCUCAGUAGAGAAGUCUUAAAUCAUCUGAAUCCUUUCAAAGAUUUUUGUGGUUCAAAUUAUCAGUUCAUCUGCAAUUCUUCAGAACAACCUAUCUCUAUGCAGGAAGGAUGUGUUGAACCCUGAGGGAGAUGGUUUGUGCAGAUCCUGUAUCACAACACAAUAACACUAACAUAGUCUUAAUCUUUUACUUGCCAAAUGAUAUUAAAUUUCCACAAGAAGAAAGUUUGUACAGGUGGCUGAGUGUAAUUCUUGCAAAGUGCUGUGACUUGUGAGUAAAUUUGCUACUAACAGCAGCUGCUCUGCACUUGGUCCUGUGUGUGGCACACAGGAGGAUCAUAUCCAGCUCCUGAGAAAAUGGCAUGAGGUUGUGGAGGCCGUUGUGCCCUCCUGGGCUUGACAAAUGUGUGUUGUCAAUCUUCGUGGCAAUGCAGAUCAUAAGGCUGGCAAUCUUCAUGCUGCUCCUUUUUAAUAGUAAUGCAGGCAAAUAAGAGAGGUAGCCGGGUUGAUAGACAUGCUCGCUGUUCCAGAGUCAGGAAAGAACACAGUAUUGCUGCAUCUGAAGACAGGUUUGGGUAUUCUAUGUGCAGACUCUGGCUAACAGAUCCAGUUCAGAGAUUAUGAUAUGGUAGUUUGGAGGCAGUAUGUGAUCUUCAGAGGAUUUCAUUCAUAUUUGAUUUGAAGGAAUCCUCAAAAGCUUUCGUUCUUCAUAAACUAGCAGAAUUUUGAGUAAGAAUGAGCAGCACCGCACUUGCAAAAUCAGAUCCAUGAAAUUGAGAUGCCAAACUUGUUUCAGCAUGACUCACCUAGCCAUAAAACUGUGACUGAAAUGUAGGGCAGGAAAUCUCAAAGAUUUGUGUGGGAUAUUGAGGCACUCCUAAACUUUGUCACAGUUAAAUGUAAAUUGAAAAGCCCAUCAUCAAAGAUGGGCAAAAACAUAUUUUUUAUUAAUUUUAAAAAUACAGAAAUCCUCUAUGCUUAAAGAUUGCUAUUUGUCAUUAUUUUUUACCAUGAGUGCUUUGCACUCUUGCUGGUUUAAGAUAAUCUUGAGUAUUUGGAGCAACUCAGUUCUGAAAUCUUAUGUCAUGGUGUUUUAAUAUGUUUAUUCAAUAAGACAAAGCUGAGAGUGCAAGGAUCGUGAGGCAGAAGAAAAGAGCUUUUAUGUCCUUGUACAGCUCCUUAGCCCAACUGUAGUUUCCUUUUUUCUUCAAAAAAAAGGAUUUUUUUU